GCACAGCCUCUGGGCCUGUCUUUUCCGAGGCGUAGCGAAGGACGGUGUCGCUCAUCCUAUGACGCGGAAACAACCACGACUCUAAGGAUCGGGAGACGGGAAGGAUUGAAGGACGCAGUCUCUGGCCCUACUCUAUUUUGGGAAUUGGACGGAGAAUGGAAACAAAAAGUGGAAAUCUAGAAAAAGCAAUGGAAGAGGAAAGCACUGAAAAGAAAAAAGAAGUAGAAAAAAAGAAACGGUCUCGAGUUAAACAGGUGCUUGCAGAUAUUGCAAAACAAGUGGACUUCUGGUUUGGAGAUGCAAAUCUUCACAAGGAUAGAUUUCUCCGAGAGCAAAUAGAAAAAUCUAGAGAUGGAUAUGUUGAUAUAUCACUUCUUGUGUCAUUCAACAAAAUGAAAAAAUUAACCACUGAUCGGAAGCUAAUAGCCAGAGCAUUGAAAAGUUCCGCUGUUGUGGAGCUGGAUUUAGAAGGCACCAGAAUUAGGAGAAAAAAGCCUCUGGGCGAAAGACCGAAAGAUGAGGAUGAGCGGACAGUGUAUGUGGAGUUAUUGCCCAAAAAUGUUAAUCACAGCUGGAUUGAAAGAGUGUUUGGAAAAUGUGGAAACGUUGUUUAUAUAAGUAUUCCACAUUAUAAAUCUACUGGAGACCCAAAGGGAUUUGCCUUUGUGGAAUUUGAAACAAAAGAACAAGCAGCAAAAGCUAUUGAGUUUCUUAAUAACCCACCAGAAGAAGCACCUAGAAAACCUGGUAUAUUUCCCAAAACCGUGAAAAAUAAGCCCAUUCCUACCCUUAGGGUGGCCGAAGAAAAGAAAAAGAAAAAGAAGAAGAAAGGCCGAAUGAAGAAAGAAGACAACAUCCAGACCAAAGACUCAAAUACAGACACUACUAGCAAGGACACUGUCGAUAAAGUAAAAAGAUCGAGGACCACAUCUGAGGGCUCAGAAGUAGAGGUUACCGAACCCCAAAAGCCACCCUCGAAGAAAAAGAAAAAACGGGAACGAGCUGAAGUGUCUGGCUUACCUUUAGUCAAAGCAGGGAAAAGGAAGAGAAGUAGCUCCGAAGAUGCAGAUUGCCUAACUCCAAAAUCAAAAAUUAAAAAAAUGGCUCAGAAAGACAACAUGAUAAAAGAAGCUUCUGAAGUUUGCCAAGAAAACAAAGAAUUAGAAAUUUCUACUGAAGAGGAGAAGGAUACUGGAGAUACGAAAGACGGAUCCCUCUUGAAAGCCAAAAGAAAGCAUAAGAAGAAACAUAAAGAGAGGCAUAAAAUGGGAGAAGAGGUCAUACCUCUACGAGUAUUAUCGAAGAGUGAAUGGAUGGAUUUAAAAGAGUAUUUAGCACUGCAAAAAGCCAGCAUGGCUUCUUUAAAAAGAAUAUCCCAAAUAAAAUCAGAAUCGGAAAUGGAAACAGACCAUGGAGUACCUAAUAAGUUGGAGAUGAAAAAUGAAAAAACAAACGGUGAAGAGUGUUGUCCCCAGGAGAAGGUUAAUGCAACAGGACCUCAGUUUGUGAGCGGUGUGAUUGUGAAGAUCCUUAGCACCGAGCCUCUACCUGGCAGGAAACAAGUCAGGGAUACUUUGGCAGCCAUCUCAGAAGUUGUUUAUGUGGAUUUGUUGGAAGGAGAUACAGAAUGCCAUGCUAGAUUUAAAACGCCUGAGGAUGCACAAGCAGUAAUAACUGCGUAUACGGAAAUUAAAAAGAAACACUGCUGGAAACUCGAGAUUCUUUCUGGUGAUCAUGAACAGAGGUAUUGGCAGAAGAUUUUGGUAGAUAGGCAAGCCAAACUUAAUCAGCCUCGUGAAAAGAGAAGAGGCACUGAUAAGCUAAUCACCAAAGGUGAAAAGAUUAGACUCGCAAAGACUCAACAAGCAAGUAAACACAUUAGAUUUUCUGAAUACGAUUAAAAGAAAUUUUGAUUCACUCCCAAGAUUUCACUGGAUAGUGGAACUCUUAAGAAAUUUUUUUUUUUUUAUGGUAGUAAUGCAUAUAAUGAAUGUCUUUCUAAAACCUACAUUUAAUGAAGAAACAGUUUUGUUCUUUAACUUGUAAAUAAGACUUUUCUAGAGACAGGUACAUUAUAUACCAUGAUUUCCAUUAAACAUUGUAUUUGUUGAAAUUAUCUGAUAUAAAUCAACCUCAAAGUGAUUUAGAAAAUAAAUGUGUUUUGAACAGUAUCCCUAAUUUUGUUGUUUUUGUAUUAUAAAAACAAUAACAUACUUACAAAAAUAAUAAUACAUAAAUGAAUGGUUUAGGAAAAAUGUUUAACAUAAAACUCUCACUGUACUUUUGUAGCUUGCUUUUUCCAUUUGAAAUAUCUUUUCAUGUUGCUUUAUACGGAGAUGAAUGUGUGAUAUUUCAUUCUGCUCAUUGUACUUUAUGUUUCUGAGCUUCAGUUGGACAGAGCAUAUGAACUGUUUCCAAUUAAAAUAGUAAGUUUUAAAA